GGCAUGAAGAAAGGAAAAAGCAAGAACGCAGCGGAAGCUAGUCAGAAUUUCAGGUCGAAGAAAAGGAACAAGAUCAGCGCUUAUGAACAGGCAAAACGAGUGUAUGAACGCAUACAGCAACAGAAAGCACAAGAAAAGGUUGCCCGUCAGAUAGAGCGAGAAAAACGGCAAGCCAUGCUGGAAAAAUAUCUUCGUUCCAAAAAAGAAAUGAACAAGGCUUUACGUAAAUGCAACAAGAAGGGUCAGCCGAACCUUGGUGCACAGAUGGAAGUUUUAUUGAAGAAAAUUGAAAAGAGCGUAGAAAAAGGAUAG